AUGGACGCUUUGGCUGUUCACAGACAGGGGGGCUGGUACCUUUCCCUAAUGGCACCAAACACCAAAGGACCAACUUUUGCCUGGUUGGACCCAUCAAGACUCUACUGUAAUUCCCAGGCCCUGUCAGAUUGUGUGAAGGACCUUUUCUAUCCAUUCCAGAAGGAGGCCAUUGACCUGGUAGUGGGUAUAGAUGCAAUGGGAUUCAUCCUCGGAUCGGCUGUGGCCACCACCCUUGGAAAGGGCUUUCUGGCUAUCCGCAAAGCAGGACACCUGUGCACACAAACAGAGCACAGUGACUACUCAGGCAGAGAGAAGAUGGUGAAGGUUCGCCUGGAUGUGUUAAGGCCAAGGCUCCAGGUGCUGAUAGUGGACCAGUGGAUAGAGACCGGAGGAACCAUGAAGGCUGCUAUCAAACUGGUGGAGAGGCAGGGAGCGACUGUUGUAGGUGUUGCUGCUGUGGCCAUUGAGAACAGCGAGGGAGGGAAGUGAAUCAAGGAGAAAUACAAACACUCUCACUGCAUCCCGGAGGAACUACAGAGUCAAAUUGACAAACAAUAUCUUGACUCCUUCAAGAGCUUCGCCAGUUAA